AUGCUGUAAACCCUCACCUCUAUACUACAAAAAGUCCCUUCCUCUACCUAUAUUUACAAGAUACUUAAAGAUUUUUUGCAAAAGCAAUUAGUGGGAUCUUAGGAUGUUUAUGACGAUCUAGAAAAUUUAGUCAAAAGACUAAAGAAGGAAGUGUCAACUCUGGGCAACCAGCCAAAUGACGAUUCGUUGUUAUAGCUUAAAUGUGUGUUUAGUUUUAUCUAUCUGAAUCUGCAAGACUUCCUCAAGACAUACUCUGAUCAUCGGGAAAAAGUAGCUAAUAUGCUUUAAAAAGAGUGUUUUAUUGACUUGUUUGCAAUACCGCUUCUCAAUGAUUUCAAGGAGAACAAGGAGAAACAGGAUAAUGAGGAAAACGUGAAGAUCACUGAACAAAUUUUGAGUUUAUGUUUAGUAAUACCCUCCCCAUCAUAGAAGGAGUUGAAGACUAACAAAAUAGGCAGAUUGGUCAAUAAGUUAGCCAAGGAAUCAUGCAAUGAGUUGAUUAAGAGUCAUGCUUCAGAGGUGGUACUUAAAUGGAAGAAGGAUCUUAAGGAGAGACAGGAAAGUGAUAAAAAUCUAAAGCCAAAGGACGAUUCACCAAAGGUAUAAAGCGAAAGCGAAAAAUACAAGGAGAAGUCAAGAAGAGAUGAUGAUAGAGACAAGGAUAGGCAAAGAGAGAGGGAAAGAGAUAGACCUAGAAUUAGGUAAGAUGACGAUCGAAUGGACCUAGAUCCACCCCUCAUCAUAAGGACUAAGGAGCAAUACUCUAAUAGUAGUAAUCAUAGUAAGAACGAUAAGGAUAGAAGUGAUAAAAUGCCAGAUAAGAAAACCUCUGCUAUUAAGAAAACUAAUAGGCAUGUGAGAAAGAUAGUGAGAUUUCAAAAAGAUGAAAAGAAGCUCAAGCAAAUUAGAUACUUUGCUAUUGGAGAUUAGCCGAAUGCACCAGAGUUAGCAGAACAAGAUAUGAUUCCAUUGAGAGAAACAAAGGCAGGUGCUUUACUUAAAAACAUUAGUGAUAUGAAAAGGGCCGACAUGCUGAGAGAAAAAACUAUUAAUGCUAAUCAGAAGUAGUAAUUAGGUCAUCAAAAUGGCAAUGGAAACACUGAAAAGCCAAAAGAGAGCUAAGUUGAAAUGAAUCCUAAGUUGUCUCAGUGGUCGACUUCUUAACUACUGUAUGUUGAUGUUGAUGAAAGUUAUUGCUAAGCUUAAGGGGAUAAUAGUGAAGAAAUUGCUAACCAAAAACAGAGAGAAUUUGGAAGUUUUCAAGUUAUUUAUUACAAAGAGAUCCUUAUUCCUACUGAUCCCUUAAUUAAUGGUACUUGUGAUUCUGAAAAACAAUCCUAAAAAUAUCUAGAAAAAAUGAUUCCUGACUUCUAUGAAGAAUGGCGAAGAGAAUAAGAACACAUUAGAUAGCAACAGUAGUUAGUUGCUCUAUUGUGUUUGGAAUUCCUAAAUACAAGCAGUGGUCUAAGAGAUACCAUGGCUCAGUUCUAUAACAAAUACAACUAAGACUAGCUAAAAUUCAGUAGAAAGCUUAUCGAGUUUUACUAAAAGUAUGCUAAUUAGUUUAUUUAAGAAGAGAAACACAAGAAAUAGCAGUAAAUGGUACUUAUGGUCUAGGCACAGCAAUCCACCAAGAAUUAUCGUACUGUGCCCUGUAAAAUGUAUCAUCAGCCUCAAACAGGCUAUUGUAAUAAAGGAGACUCUUGCCAUUUUAUACACGAGCCAAGGUAUAAAGGCAGAGAUAUUCCUAGAGACGAGUUAAAUAGAAUCAAAAGCCAGAAUAUGCACAAAUUUACAGUAUCAAGCACAGGUGCGAUGCUUUGGCAAUAGUAACAACAGUAUGGGUACUCAAAUGCUGGAGGAAUGGUAGCACCUACAGUUCAAAAUGUUUUAAUGCUUUAAAACAUAAGUGGUGGUAGUGCUUAACAAUAAUAAAUUUGA